AAUCGCAGGCCGGCUGGCUACCUGUCGUGUGAUUAACGAGUAAACAAAUAAACUACGAAAAGGUUUCAUAAUAUAGAGCGUUGAAAUGAUACCGUCGUCUUAAGAAAAACUGUACGUUUUUGUUUUUGUUUUUUAUUCCUGUGUUGUUACUAAGCCUAUGUCAAGGACCUUUACUUUAAAACAAUUGACAGGAAGUGAUGCCUGUCCUGUCGUCUGAGUGGUUGAUAGGUUUGCAGUCUGGCUAAUCCACAUUUUAUUAUGACUUUUGCUGAGAUGAGCUGGCCUUGUUUGAGUACAAUUUGAAGACCUGGUUUUACACAAUGGAUACAGUGAACCUGCUAUCUUCACAAGGAGACAUGGACGAUGAAAGCGCAGAGCACAAUGAGUUUGCCAUGGAGAGGCUUGGAUUGCAAGAGAGAUCCGAACAGCCUACUGAUACAGCCAUGGAUAACCAGGCUAAAAUGACCCCACAGCUUCUCCUUGCUACUCUUAUAUCAACUUUAGGAGGGGUACUGUUUGGUUAUGACAUUGGUAUUGUUGCUGGUGCAAUGCUCCAGUUGCGGGAUGAAUUUAGCCUCAGUUCCUUUCAACAGGAAGUUGUAAUAUGUGCAAUGCUGAUGGGGGCAUUAAUUGGAUCACUCGUGGGUGGAUGUAUAGUCGAUGCAUUUGGUAGAAGAUAUUCUCUUAUAUUUAACUCAAUUGUCUUUACUGUUGGUGGCCUUAUUCUCAUCUGCGCAACAACAUUCACUGCUUUGAAUUUUGGACGUUUAAUUCUUGGAUUUGCUGUGGCAUUAUCUGCCAUUGGUGAAUGUAUCUAUAUAUCAGAGGUGUCCCCUUCUAAUCUCCGAGGUCAAUUGGUGUCACUAUAUGAAUUGGGCAUAACAGUCGGCAUUUUACUGGCUUACCUUGUCAGUUACAUUUUUAUUUCAGUCGAACAUGGAUGGCGUUUCAUGUUUGGCAUUUCUAUCAUUCCUGCAAUCGUACAAGGCUGUGGUAUGGUCAUAUUGCCGUCCAGCCCACGGUUCCUUAUCAUGCGUGGCAAAGUUGAUGAAGCAACUUGUGUUCUUCAGAAACUACGCAACCAGACGGAUGUCAGUGCUGAGAUAAACGGCAUGAAAGCUGGAUUAGCUAUCGAGGAUGGCUAUUCUUUCACUGAUCUGUUCAAGACAAAAGCUAACUUGCGUAUUCGUAUUUUAAUUGGAGGAGGUCUAGUUUUUUUACAACAGGCUACAGGCCAAACAAAUGUAGUGUAUUAUGCUCCCACCAUACUGCAACAAAUUGGAUUUGAAAGCAAUGUGGCUGCAACCUCUGCAACAGUUGGUAUUGGCACUAUCAAAUUUCUGUGUACCGCCCUCUGCUUUUUACUUGUCGAUAGUAUUGGAAGGCGUAAGUUGCUUUUGUGUGGUGUAACUUGCAUGAUGGUGUCCAUUUUGGUUCUCGGUAUAACAUGUGAGGUCACUCCAUAUCACCUACAGAAUGAUAACUCAACCAAAAAUUUGUCGGAAGAACUUGUAUCACGCAAAGAAACAAUUACCAAUAAUCCAUUGAUGAAUACAACCUCUAGAUUUUUAUUGUUAAAAAGAGAAAAAAGGGACAUCAACUUAAUGUAUUCAACUUUAACCCCUUUCAAAACUGUUACAACAAGUAGUCCUCCACCAGAAUCCCUGGAUGGCGCUACUCCUUAUAUGGCCACUGUAUGGAAUAUCACGUUGGUUACUGGGGACCAAAGUUUAAAUAUGACAGACACUGAAACAUCCAGUAAGCAAGAAGUGAGCACUACAGCAAAAGUGAUUUCAUUGAUAUCACUUGCAUGUUUUGUUGCUGCUUAUUCCUUUAGCUUUGGGCCAGUAACAUGGUUAUUGGUUAGUGAAAUCUACCCUCUGGGCAUUCGAGGAAGAGCGACCUCAGUGGCGACUUCUAUGAACUGGGCGACAAAUUUGGUGUUUUCUCUUACCUUUCUAGAAGUAAUAAAUGUAGUUGGAAUUGGAACAUUGUUUAUUUUAUAUGGCUUCAUCUGUCUACUAGCCAUAUUCUUCAUAUACUGCUCAGUCCCUGAAACUAAGAACAGGACUUUGGAGGACAUAUCAAAAGAGCUUAGCGAAAGAUAUUAUUUAGUAUGCAUUUUUAGAGAUCGUACUUACCAGGAUUUGAGCAAAAACAGUACAUAAAAUUAUCACACCGGAGGAGGAUUACCAUGCCAGUAUCCUUCAGGACAAGACAUCUGGAGUUACCGGUAAAUGAGCCAGGCUACUCCGUUCCAUCACCCGACUGCUGAGUAUACAUGGAUCUUAUGCUUUCACAGGCAUGGGAACAUGUUCCAUCAGACCAAUUAAUUUUUUUUUAGUGAAUGGCUUUUGCCUCUCAUAGUAAUAGUACUUACAUGGUCUAUUUUGUGAAUACUUACCAGGAAGGGCCAAUAUAUGCCGGUUUCGUUUAACUUACCACGAUAAAAAUGGAAUCAUCCUUGUUUAGUCAUUAUUACAGUCUGAGUGUAGCUAAAGGCAUAGACCACUUAAGAAAUAGAGUGCUAAAUAAAAAAAAAUUGUGUUACCAGGGAACAGUGAAAUUACAAACGCCCCAAAUGGCUCUGGCCGAUGAGGCAGUACAUAAUACUUGGUAGAAGACUUAAGCCAACAAGACAUGAUUGACUAGGCCUGUAUUGAAAGCUUCUCAAAGCAACACUAAAGUAAACUCUUUGGUCAGUGUAUUCUUCCUAAGAGGCUGGUUACUUACAUUGAUGCAUAUUAUAAGCCUAUGUUGGACUUUCAAGAUAACAUUAGGCUUAAUGUAUCAUUCAUAUCAAACAAAAGUUUUCUCAAAAUACAAAAAAAAAUGUUGUUAUACAUUAACUGUUAUCACAUUCAUUAAAUGUGUUGUAUUUAUAAGAAUAGUGCAAUGUAAUAUUGAUGUUUGAAAGUAAGUAGAUCAUAUAUCCGUAACUGUCGGUAUUCAUGCCUAAUUUAAUAUGCAAUUUAUAAUGAAUUGUAUCAGCAAUACCUUGAGAAUGACAUUUUAAUGGAACAAUUCAGCUUUAGUGACCUCAUAAAUCAGUCGCUAGAGGAUGUUUUACCAGAUCAUUUACUGAUUAGGCAGCAGGACUUUAAAGCAUAAGAUAUUUAAAUUCUGUUAUUUACCUAUGAUUUUUAAUACCUAUAUUUACUUAAGUUUGUCAUUGACACCAUCAAACAUCACUGUUAGUGAAUUGGUAAGUUGAAUAAUAAAACUAUUUUACCAUUGAGGAUUCUUCACAUUUAUUCCUUUGUAUAUAGUAAGCUUGUAGUGUAAUAUUGUCAAGGUUUAAAUGGAUAUUAUUUAUAUUAUAUAUUUCAUUUGAUAGAGUGAAACUAUCUAGUGAGCAUUGCAAUACUUGACCCACUUUUGAAUCAAUUUCUUUAUUUAUCAACAAAUGUUUAAUGUAUUCUCCAGUUUUAUUUGAUGUAUACUCCCCUAACAUUACGUGUUACUCAUAAUAAUCAGGUAUUUCCUGUAGCGCCAUCAAUAUGUUUUCAUUUUGCUCUUAAUCGACUGUAUGUGACUGCCAUAUGAUGGAAACAUAUUAUUUAAUGCUUAAAAGUAUUAGUAUGAAACUUGGAGAGUGGGGCCAAGGAUUGUUUUUAGUCAUUAGGAUAUCAUAUAAUUAAGGGCUUUGAACCUACCACCUUGAGAUUUGAAGGUUUGCAUUUGACCACUAAGUAGUAAAUACUUGCCGAGCUACAGGACCGCGCCCAUGGAGCUGGAGCUUCUCAGUUUUUGUAGCGUGAAGCAAAUGAUGUUGCUCCUGGGAGGGACGCUAGUUACUCCCAGCAGUUUGCUGGUACCCAUUUAUACAGUUGGUAUCUAAAGCAAAGUAGAUUAAGUACCUUGAUCGAAGGACAAAAGUGAAAUGCACAGUAAAGGAUUGAAACCCCGACCUCAAGGUUAGGAAACCAAACAAUGAGUUCCACUGCGCCAGACUGCUUCCACUUAACCACAGUAUGUCCACUACAAAUAAUGCUACAUGAUAGAAUAAUCAUGUGUGUAGGCAUAUUAAUGGCUUAAAAUCUUACUCAUAUUUAAUAUUAAUUUAAUAUGUUUCAUUAUUUGACUUCCAGCUUUCUAAUUACUAAUAAAUAAAUAAAUAUGGAAUCAUCAUCGCCAAUGAGUUUUUAAAGGUGUUUGAUCACAUAUUGAUGACAAUAAAGUGUUUUUGAUUUUUAAUAAUAACUAGAUAUACUUAAACAUUUGUAAUUUGGUUAUACUGUAGCAUAAUGCGCUUUAUAACACUGAUAUACAAUUUAAGAGACUGGCCUAUCCAACUUGUAUUAGAUAACAAGAUAAACUCUUAUUUUAAUAUCAAACUAUAUGAAUUAUUUUUAUAGCGGUAUUAAUAGAAGUCAACAGGAUUUUUUUUUUUUUUGUGUAUGUAAUACAAGUUUGUAAAUAAUACAAUAUACUGUUUGAAAAACAAAUGCCUACAAUUUUUAUAACUCUGUUAUUUGAUGAGAAUGAUGACAAGGCAAUAUGUCAUGUUUAUUUUUGUAUUAAUCUUACUUUCAUUAAAGUCUUGUAUAUUUUGUAUAA